AUGAACAAGAAGAAGGGCUUCUUCGCGCUGAACGACGCCGAUUUCUGGGGGAAUCGCGAUUCGGAUGAGGAGGAAGAGGAAGAGGAGGGAGAGAAGAAGCACAACGAGAUGAAGGAGGACGAGAAGGAGCGUGAGGGGAAGAAGGACAAGUCGAAGAAGACGGCGUGGGCAGAGCUGGAGAAGGACGGCGAAAAGGAGAGGGAGACGGACAGGGAUGAUGGCGCCGACGUCGUCUCCAACGGCGACAAGGAGGAAGGCGGGGAAUGGAUUGAUGUUCGAGAGCGCUCCCAUCAUCACCACAAGGACAACCACCACGGAAAUCAAGGCCCUCCGGCGAUGCACCACCCACCGUACCCCUACCCCCACCAUCAUCACUACACCAACAACAACACCUCCAACAUCCCCGGCGGCUACAGUACCCCAAGCCCCGCCCACCACCACCACCACUACGGUAGCCCCGCGCAGCGGCCGACGGCGCGCCGCCCCAGCUAUGUCGAGGUGAACAAGACGGCCGAAGCCCAGGCCACCCUCCUCUCCAAGAAGAACUUCACGGCGUUGGAGGUGCUGAACACGAUGUGCCGCCCGAACGCGCCGACGCCGCCGAAGCAGCGGUUGACGAGCGCUUCCACCCCCGCCGUCCCGACGGUGACUUCUGCGGGUGCCGUCCACUCCGACUCGACGACGUCCACCCCCCGCCGAGCACCGUAUCCUCCCUCCGGGUCCCAGAACUCGCAGAACUCGUCACCAUUCCGCACCGGGCCCUGUGGCGGCUUCUCGAGGCCGUCGUUUGGGCCAAAGGCGCCGCUUCCGCAGUCCCCGGCACCGCAGAGUGGAUAUUACCCGCCCUCCAUGCCCAAGCCGUCGCCGACGAUGAACAACAACAAUAACCCUCCUCCUGCCCCUGUCGGUGUCGGUGGCGGCUUCAACCCGGUCCCCCAGUCGAAGGACGCUUCCGGAUUUGGAGCCGGGCUUGGCCGCUUCAAGCGCCCCUCCACCAACACCAAGGAGGUCGAGCCGCCUCAACUUGCCUGGGGCGACGACGACCCCGCCGAGCCGACCGACGAGGACGAGAUGAGCUUCUGCGAGGAGAAGCUGAGGGACCCCUUCCACGACCACUCGCAGGCCCCGCGCCCUCCCAGCCAGCUAGUACCGUACGCCCGCCAGGAGCCGAAGGAGAUCAAGAUCGACUUGGACAAGGCCCAGCUCGUCAACCUGAUGGACGAGAACUACAUUGUGUACUAUGAACACUUGUGCCGCGGGGUGCAGGAGCUGUGCGAGUCGGAGACGAUGUUCGACUGCGAGACCAACUCGUUCCAUGAGCCGUUCGGCAACUCGACUGUUUGCCGUGCCCUCAAGUCCAAGUACUACUACCACUACAGCCCGGGCCCCGAGGUGUACUCCCGCAAGGUGUUCGUCGGCGGCCUCCCCAUCGACAUCGACGAGGAAGAGCUCGUCUCCACCUUCUCCUCCUUCGGCCCCCUCACCGUCGACUGGCCCAACAAGAACGAGACGAAGAGCUACUUUCCGCCCAAGGGCUACGUGUUCCUGAUCUUUGAGUACGAGAUGUCGGUCCGUGCCCUCGUGCACAACUGCUUCCUCGAGGACGAGAAGUACUUCCUCUACAUCACACGCCCCAGCACGCCCACGAAUAAGCUGGUCCAAAUCCGCCCAUGGCGCCUGGCUGACGCCGACUACCUGGUCGACGUGAACAUCCCCAUCAACCCGCGGCGCAUCGUGUUUGUUGGCGGCGUGCCCCGUCCAAUUCGAGCAGUUGAACUCGCCCACAUCAUGGACCGGCUGUACGGGUCCGUCUACUGUGCCGGCAUCGACACCGACGUGGAGUACAAGUAUCCAAAGGGCGCCGGCCGGGUGGCCUUCUCGAGCUACAGCUCCUACAUGCGCGCCAUCACCGACCGGUACGCGCUGCUGAGCCACGGCGAGGUGGAGAAGCGCGUCGAGAUGAAGCCGUACGUGCUCGACGACCAGACGUGCGAGGAGUGCCGCGCCCGCCACGCCCCAUUCUUCUGUCCGCAGCUCGAGUGUCUACAGUACUACUGUGAGACGUGCUGGACGCAUAUUCACGGCGCGCUCGAGGGUGACGAUUCGCGUGAUAGCCAUCAGCCACUCAUCAAAGAAGCC